UAUCUCAAAAAGCCCAAACUAGACAGGUCCGCCGUUCGGUCAGCACUCCUUUUCCCUGACCAUUGUGUGAGUGUGAGGUGGAUUGCACAUGAUUGAGACUAGAGGAUGUUGAGACAGCGAUUUAAGAUCCAAUGGCAUUUCAGAUGAAGAUUUUUGUUCUCUUUUCUUCACGAAGAUCAACAAGGUCGAAUUUGUUCUGCGGUGGCGGGACCCGGUAAGGCGAUCCUCUCACCGAACCGUUACCCUUCGUAUCAUGUGAUCCUUGCACGAGAAAAUAUGGAAAAUGCAACCGUUGGUGUAUUGGAGAUGUUCCACUGUUCAUGGUGUCUGCUGAAGUUCUGGUCAAGGCUUUCAUUUGGAGGCGGUUGAGUCAAAUUUCAUCACUAGACUCGAAAGAGCAAAUACCCAUUUUGAAUCUCUGUUAUGAAUCGCGAUGCUAAUCCUGUUCGUAAAGGAAGCAAGAGAAAACUCUUCUUUGGAGGCUCUGAUUCUGUUAUUUCUCCUCAUUUUGUCAAUAGUUUGAAUCUUUGAUUGAAGAAAGAGAACAAGAUUGAUCCUUCUCAUAAUUAUAUUUCAGUUCCAAAUCAAUCUGAUUUCUGUCUCAGAGUUUUGAAUAUGGCUGUUCGGAAACUUUGUUAUGUCAUUGUUAUUGAUGAUGAUAAUGGUGAAGAAACUGAAAAGCAACACAGGCUAGCGCCAGGAUCAUGCAAUGAUUCUGAUACAUCAUUUUGGUACACAAAGUCGACUCUGCAGAGUGUUUUGCAAUUAGUUGGAUGCAAAGUGCAUCAUGCUUUCAAGAUCAGUAGACGAGUUUUUGAUAUCUUGGAGAAUGAAAACCUAAAACGAGCAGUUGACUUUGAAGUGAGGGGAACUUUUGUUUCUGAUGGGAUAACGGAACUCUCUUACAUCAGAAAAGAAGGUCAUGACGAUUUUAAAACUUCAAAAGGUCAACUGCAUGUGGACAUGAAAAAUGAUCAUUCUGCAAAAGACAGAGAUAAGCCAUAUGAUCUUUAUAAGAAACGGGUAUCUGCGACAGUGAAGAGAGGGAGGUUCUUGGAUGUCAUAUGCAGUACUCUUGAAAAAUAUCGUUAUGUGGGACCAAGUCAGUGUGCUGAUAUUGGACUUGCAUGCAGACUUCGUGAAAAGAAGGAAUCUGUUACCAUUUUGCUUUGUGGUACCAGUGGAUGUGGCAAGUCAACUCUCUCUUCUUUACUGGCAAGCAGACUAGGCAUUACAACUGUUGUUUCUACUGAUUCUAUUCGCCAUAUGAUGAGGAGCUUUAUUAAUGAAAAGGAAAACCCACUAUUGUGGGCAUCUACAUAUCAUGCUGGGGAGUUUCUAGAUCCAGCUGCUGUAGCUGAAGCAAAGAGAAAAAAGGACAGAAAAUUAUCCACCAUGACUUGGAGUGGUCAGGUUGGUUUGGAGAAAUUGGAAACAAUGCCAAAACCUCUAUGUGAUACACCUGAAGGCAACUUCUUGGAAGCAGGUCCAUCCAAGAGAGAAUGUACGAAAUUAAGUGACUGUUACAAAACAGACGGUGUUUCCAAUCUUCCAACUGAACAAGUUGCCGCCAAAGUUCUAGCAAUUGAAGGUUAUAAAGCACAGAGUGAAAUGGUUAUUGACAGUCUUGAUAGGCUAAUCACAGUCUGGGAGGAAAACAAAGAAUCAGUAGUGGUGGAGGGUGUCCAUUUGAGUCUCAAUUUUGUGAUAGGUCUUAUGAAGAAGCAUCCUUCCAUAAUUCCAUUUUUGAUAUACAUAUCAGAUGAGGAAAAACACUUGGAACGGUUUGCUGUCCGAGCCAAAUACAUGACCCUGGAUCCUUCUAAAAAUAAGUAUGCAAAGUACAUCAAGAAUAUACGUACUAUACAAGACUACUUAUGCAGAAGGGCAGACAAGUACCUUGUACCCAAGGUGAACAACACCAAUGUUGACCAAAGUGUGGCAGCUAUACAUUCAACUAUAUUUAGUUGUUUGAGAAGGAGGCAGAUGGGGGUUUCCUUAUAUGAUAUGGUUACUAACACUGUUAAAGUAAUAAAUGAAGAAUACUCUAAGCAUUAUGAUGCAAAUUCUGUCAGUUCAAAAGGCAUGUUCAGGAUGAUCCAAAGGCAAGGAUCUUUACAUCAUUACAUGGCUAUAGUCAACUCAGAUGGCUCAGUUUCCAAAGCAUGGCCAUUUAUGCAUGAAGAUAGAACAAAGAAGCCCUCUUCAUCUAGUGCUAGUACCAGUGUAGUUGGGAGUCCUAUCUAUGGAUCAAUUCAGUUUCGUGAAGCUGAGCCUGUUAAUAUACAGUUUGGUAAUUUUGGGAUAGGUUCUUGGCCAAAUGACACAGAAGGUACAAGCUACACGAGCAGUGUAAAUGAUUUCAGACUUGAUGGAGAUGAAGAAGUGGUUGAACUUUCUUCUUCCUCCAGUUCACAACUGCAUCAUGAAGGGCACUUGAAGGAGCUCACGGAACAAGUGGUGGCGUCAGAAAGUGAGGAGGAGCCACUUCAAGAUGAUGAUGAUAAUGGUGAUGAUGAUGAUGAUGAUGAUUCUAGAGAUGCAAUUUUUGAGCUUGGACAUGAGUUGGAAGGUUCGGUGGUUGAAUCAUCCACAAGAUCGGAUGAUGAGUAUGAUAUUGACCUAAAGGAUGGAAUGUUAUAUGAAGAUGCUGCAAGUUUGGAAGCUUUGAGCCAUCCCACCAGUCCCUUUGAUGGUCCCCGUAAGCAUCACAAGCUAUGGAAAUGCUACUCCAUGAAACUCUCAGGAAAAUUUGUUUGUGAAGGCAAGCCUUUUAGCCGUGUUAAUAGCCUCCCUCUUCAAAGAAAUCACUCUAACAACCCUAAACGUGUGAACAUUCCAAUGCCUCCUACAGAUGCAUGAAGAGGAUAAGUACAGUUGUAAAAAGAGAAAUGUUUGUUUCAUUGUUUGAGCUUAUUAAUGCUUUAAUCUUACUUGGUUCGCCAUUUAUUCAUCUGUACCUGAACUGGUCGUUUCUUCUGCCUAUGAAGAACUUCAGUGUUCCCUUUUCAUUUUAGAAUUACAUGUUUUUUCCUCCUUUUUAGAUCUACAUUAACCGAAGUGGUGGAAUUUCUACCUACAGUAAUUUUUUUUUGAAUUCA